AACUCCGCGGACCGUCCCAGUCGGGACCACGGAUCAAGCUCCAGGACACCGGCAGGCCCCGCCCACAGCUCCUGGGCCUCCCUUUCCCCCUUAAAGUGAGCCCCUCUCGCCCUGACUGGCUGCCGGGGCCCUGCCCACCUCACGUGACGGGGAGCGCGAGGCUGCCGGCUGGCAGGCGCUGGGCUGGUGGCAGCGAUGUGGGCUGGUGUGGGUCGCGCCGCGCUCUUCUCGGGCCCCCGUGGCCACCGCGCGAACUCGGCGCUGGCGCAGCUGCGGGGCAUCCUGGAGGGGGAGCUGGAAGGGAUGCGCGGAGCUGGCACCUGGAAGAGUGAGCGGGUGAUCACGUCCCGCCAGGGGACGUACAUCCACGUGGACGGCGUCUCGAGAGGAAUCCUUAACUUCUGUGCCAAUAACUACCUGGGCCUGAGCAGCCACCCCGACGUGAUCCAGGCAGGUGUGCAGGCUCUGGAGGAGUUUGGAGCUGGCCUCAGCUCUGUGCGCAUCAUCUGUGGGACCCAGAGCAUCCAUAAGAAUCUAGAAGCCAAGAUAGCCCGCUUCCACCAGCGGGAGGAAGCCAUCCUCUAUCCCAGUUGUUUUGAUGCCAAUACUGGCCUCUUUGAGGCUUUGUUGACCCCCGAGGAUGCAGUCCUGUCUGAUGAACUGAACCAUGCCUCCCUCAUUGAUGGCAUCCGUCUGUGCAAGGCACACAAGUACCGUUACCGCCACCUGGACAUGGCCGACCUAGAAGCUAAGCUGCAAGAGGCCCAGAAAUACCGACUGCGCCUUGUGGCUACCGAUGGAGUCUUUUCCAUGGAUGGUGACAUCGCACCUCUACAAGAGAUCUGCCGCCUCGCUGCUCUAUAUGGUGCCCUGGUCUUUGUGGAUGAAUGCCAUGCCACCGGCUUUCUGGGGCCUACAGGACGGGGCACUGAUGAGCUGCUGGGUGUGAUGGACCAGGUCACCAUCAUCAACUCCACCCUGGGGAAGGCACUAGGUGGAGCAUCAGGAGGCUACACCACAGGGCCAGGGCCUCUAAUAGCCCUGCUACGACAGCGUUCGAGGCCCUACCUCUUCUCCAACAGUCUGCCUCCUGCUGUUGUUGGCUGUGCCUCCAAAGCCCUGGACCUGCUCAUGGAGAGCAACACCAUCAUCAAGUCUAUGGCAGCCAAGACCCAGCGGUUCCGCAGUAAGAUGGAAGCUGCUGGCUUCACCGUCUCAGGAUCCAGUCACCCUAUCUGCCCUGUGAUGCUGGGUGAUGCCCGGUUGUCUUCUCAAAUGGCAAAUGACAUGCUAAAGAGAGGAAUCUUUGUCGUUGGAUUCAGCUACCCUGUGGUCCCCAAGGGCAAGGCCCGGAUCCGAGUACAGAUCUCAGCAGUACACAGCGAGGCGGAUAUUGACCGCUGUGUGGAAGCCUUCGUGGAGGUGGGGCGACUUCAUGGAGUUCUGCCCUGAGCUCUGCCUGUGGGUAGGCCAACAGAGUCAAGGAUCCCCUACUGCCACAGUGAUCAGCCCAGACUAGAGUGUCUUACCCAACCCAGAAUUCUAGGGCCUUGUUGAAAAGAGGGCUGUGCUGUGGCUGGAGGGUACCAAACAAUGUGAAAGU